CGGCAGAAGACUUGCGCGUCGGCGGGCGCCGCGCACAGAGCACAAACACGCGCUGUCCGUCACGCUAACCGUUUCCGUCGCGGCGCACGACAGCGACGCAACAGGCGUUCGGUAACAGAACGCGUCCCUCUCUACCGGGCAUUCGCACUACACGCACAGUAAUCUCUGUCAACGUAGCUUCCUACGCUCUCUGUGUGCCCUCUACCGCCGUCUGCAAGAAGAAUCACCGCGAAGCAUGGCUACGCAAGUGUUCAAGCAGCAGCCGCACGAUGUCUUCAAGCCGGUAUCGUGGGACAUUAAGCUCGAGUCGCCGCCGACGACGCCCGUUCCUUCCACGGCCCCUGCCGCCGCGCUGAGCUACGAGAUCCGCCCCCUGACGCAGCAGGAUGGUCCCCGCAUGAUCUCGUUCCUGCGGCGCCUCUUCUUCCGCGACGAACCGCUCAACGUGGCGGUGCAGCUGGUGCAGCCGGGGGAGGAGACGUGCCACGAGCUCGAAGACUACUGCCUGUCCUCGCUGCCCGACAACCUGUCGCUGAUGGCGGUGGACUCUGCGUCGGGCGAGCUGCUGGCGGUCUGCAUCAACGGCAUCCACGAGCCGGGCGUUGAGGCGGAGGGGGAGGCGGCGGCUGCGCAGUGCCCCAACCCGCGCUUCCAGCGCAUCCUGCAGCUGCUCACCUUCGUGGACGCCCGGGCCUCGGCGGAGCUCGCCAGGCUCUUCCCCGACCCGGCGGACCGCCGCCAGCUCGAGGUUCGCGUCGUCAGCGUAGACGCCGCUGCCCGCGGCCGAGGACUCGCCACGGCACUCAUCAGGCGGUCCAGUGAGCUGGCCAAGCAACACGGCAUCCCACUGGUUCGUAUUGACUGCACCAGCCACUACUCGGCCCGCGCAGCUUCCCGGCUCGGCUUCGAAUGCAUCUUCUCCGUGCCGUAUGCCCAGUACGAGCGAGACGGCGAAGUCGUCUUCACACCCGACGAGCCCCACAAGGAGGUCGCUACCUGCAUCAAGAGGGUCAUCUAGUGCCGAAGCAACAGCAGCAGCAAAAGUAUGUCGGUACAAACUGGUAAAGAGUAAAGAAAAUAGUGCUGUAUACAACUUCAAGUACAAAAUGUGCACAACGAGUGACUGUCCUCUAGGCACCAGCUCAGCCUGAGCUUAAGCAGGAAUCCUGUGACGUAGCGCCUCGACAGGCAGUCCUGACUAGCUACGAUCAAGAUGCAGGGAACGGUGGGGCAAAGUGACCAUAAAGUGACCAUUCUAGGGGAAACUGGAUUUUCGCAAAACAGUGCAUCUUGACAGAAGUCAAGCGUACACAUUCUGAAUGUACGUAUUAUAAAUUAUCCAGCCGAACAUUUUAAGUGAAAAAGAAAAUAAUUUAUACAUGAAUCACACGCGUUUCUCUGAACGCUUACAUAAUGACCACUUUCCCUAUCUAACGGGAUACUGUAGCCAAUGCCAUCGCAACAGGAUCCCGUUUUUGUUAUUCUGAUUUCAACCCGUAGUCCAGUCAUCUUGAUGCCCUAGUACAUGAAAAAUACCGUAAGGCAGCAGCAGCCUGUUUUCAGUCAGCAAACAGGGAUGGUUUUACAAAAGGAUUCAGAAGAUAGUCUAAUUUUUAGUAAUAUGCAUGAUAAAGUAUGUAACUAACUCUUAUUGGGGAACCACCUUGGACAUUUUUCUUGACGAGUAGUGUGGCUACAUUUCCCUAUCAGAUGCACGUACAAGUGAUUCACUGAUGGAAUCAUUGAAAAGAAGGAAACAACAUGUAACUACAUUUUAGCCCCAAGGCAUUGUUUAGAGAAUGUAAGAAGACUUACUUUACAUCAGGGAUCUGAAAAUCCGAACAGGUGUUAUUAAAAAUUCCGGAACAAGCUUCCUCUUUCAAAUCACUCACAUCGUUCAUGGUGUAUAUUAGAACUGGUUUGUCCCCUCCUUGGCAGGUAGCAGUACUGAUCAGUCCAAAAAUAUACGAUGGACACUUCACCACACCGUCCCCUACUACUGUGAGUGCUGUACGCAUUAGCACAAAAUUCUACGAAAUUCCACUAAUGCCCGGCUUCGAUAAAUUUUGUUCCAGUUGUCUACUCUCUGUCUCUGUCUCUCUCGCUCAUUUUCACUCACUCACACGCACACACACACACACACACACACACACACACACACACACACACACACACACAUCUUGGAGGACUCACGUUCAUAUCGCUAUGCAGCCAUCUGCAUUUAAGGUUUACAUGUUUUCCUAACACUUAAGACAAAUGCUGAGAUGGUUCCUUUGAAGAGGACGUGCCAUAAAGCAAGUAUGUAACAAUUUUUGCAUUCAUGUAUUCCAUAUUAUGAGACGUGAUUGUAUGGAACGCAACAAGAAAAAACGUAGAGUAGACAUGGGCUCUAAGAUUCAUACCUUCAGAGCUAUGAACACUUGUUCAUCUUCGCCACUGUGACACACGUCUUCCCUACUACGGAAGACCUACAGAAUGAAGUAAACAAAUGAGAACAGUUACACUAUUACCCUGGAACAGCAGAGUUUCUAAUAGAAACGACCUAUUGGUUAAUUAUAUGCUCCAUAAACAAUUUGAAUCAGUCUUUUAUCGAAAUGAUGUGUAACGCGCCAGUUUACAGAAUAUAUUCACAUGUUUGCAGGAUACCGCUUUUAAACAGAAAUUCGUUCAUAUAAUCUAAGGAGUUGUCUGGGAAAAAUAAGUUUAGGUCAGAUUUAAAAAUUGUUUUGCUACCUGUUAAAUGUUCCACAUUAUUGGUCAAACGGUCAAAAUCUUUAUUUUGAUGCUUAUUGAAGUCCUUUCAGGGCCACUGGCAGUUUCAAUAAUGGGUAACGAAGCUAAUUCUUGUCCUAGUGUUGGAGGUAUCAUUGUUCUUAUCAAACUGUGAUGCAUUAUUUAUGAAGAAUUUCAUUAGCGAAUAUGUGUAUUGUGAAGGUGGAUUUAAAGUGCCUAACUCCUUGACGACCACGAAUGAACACCGUGUAUUAUUAUUACUGCUCGCUUAUAUGCAACCAGUGCUACACGUAUUAUUCAAAGGAAAAUGCAAACCAGUUCUGUAGCUAUGCUAUAUAUUCAAGAUUGUAAAUUAUUGCAAAAGGUAACUUCAACCACUGAAAACAUAUGCACAAAAUGAGUUAUGUCGAGUUCAAUGAAAAUUAUGAUCAGUGUUAGUACUUAUACAUUCCAAUAAAACUGUGGUGAUUCUAGAAGAAAUUAGUAAAUAUUUGCAAUAGCCAUGCAUAUGAAAGGAAAAAAACUGUACAGCAGAACUUAGAGGUGCUGGAACACUGAUAACAAUUGAAGAGCACAGGAAAAUAACGUUCUUUGUCCACAUUAUCAAAUGGUUCAUAAGAGCAAUUUUAAAGCUUGAAACUGAAUUUCAUGGAUACAAAUGGACAAAAUCUAUGAAAAGAAAAGUCAUUCAGAAGGAUAUAUUAUUUACAUUAAAUUUAAUAUUAAUUGAGUGCAUAAAUAUUUAAAUGGUGGUUUUAUUGGGACAAUAUUUAACGCAAUGUCAUACACUUUUAUAUAGAGGAAUAUAAGAUAUUGCAAAUAAAACUAUAUUUUUGUAAAUGUUAUUUGUCAGAUUAUUUUGUAAUGAGAAACAAUGUUUGAAACAAUAAAGAUACUUCCUGAUAA